AUGUCCAUGCUCCGAGAUAUAAUUGCGGAAUCUAGUAGUUCUGAAGAUGAAAAUGACGACCUAGUGCAGGUAUGGUUUCGAGUCUCCAAAAAUGUAGCCAAGUGGCUAACUCAACGAUUGCAAUCCUGGUUAAAACCUCCAACACCGAAAAAUAAAGCGGUGAGCCCAGUACAGCAAGUACUUAUCGCAUUAGAAUACUAUGCUUGUGGUUCAUUCCAAAGAUGUGUUGGUGAUACGGCUGGUGUGCAUAAGUCAACUGUAUCACGUAUAAUAUACAGAGUAAGCCGAGCAAUUGCAAUGAUCGGAGCAAUAGAUUGUACUCAUGUGCAAAUUAAAUCUCCAGAUGGCCCAGAUGCAGAAAAUUAUAGAAAUAGAAAAUUGAUAUUUUCUGUGAAUGUCCAAGUUAUCUGCGAUGCAAAAAUGUACAUAACGAAUAUUGUUGCACGAUGGCCUGGUAGCAGCCAUGAUAGCCAUAUUUUUAAUUCCAGUGUUAUCAAGGGCAGACUAGAAGAUGGUGAUUUUAAUGGAUACUGGUUAAUUGGUGACAAAGGCUAUGCAAUAAAACCUUAUUCGCUAACACCUCUUCGUAAUCCUGUUAGUGAUAGAGAAAAAUUAUACAAUGAAAGU